AUGGAUGCUACAAAGUUAAUACCUCUCAUAAGAAAUGUCGCUGAAUCAAAAUCAAUUAAACAUGCCAAACUCGUUCACCAAAAAGUAAUCACCUCCGGCCAACAGAAGAACAUUGCAAUAUGCAAAAACCUCAUUAGUCUCUUCUUCUCUUGCCAAUUAUUCCAAUCUGCUAGGCUAGUUUUUCAAUCUAUUGAAAACCCUGCAGAUAUCACAUUAUGGAACAGUUUAAUUUCAAAUUACACAAAGAAUUUCAUGUUCGAUGAAGCUCUUCAAGUCUUCGAAAAGCUCAUGCAUUUCACUCUCUUGAAACCUGAUAGUUACACAUACCCAAGUGUAUUAAAGGCCUGUAGUGGACUGGGGUUUGCGAACUUCGGUAGAACGAUCCAUACGCAUUUGGUUAAAAACGGGUUUGUGGCUGAUGUUGUUGUUACUAGUUCUUUGCUUGGUAUGUAUGCAAAAUGUGGUAUGUUUCGGUUAGCAGUCCAAGUGUUCGAUGAAAUGCCUGAGAGAGAUGUCGCUUGUUGGAAUACCGUGAUCUCUUGUUAUCAUCGUGAUGGGCAGUAUGAGAAAGCAUUGGACUUGUUUAAAAAGAUGAAAAAUGAUCAUGGGUAA